AUUUUCAUAUUUUGUGCACACAGUCAGUCAGUGAAUCAUCACACUGUUCUGACCAGAAUAGCUGAAAACUCUACGCUAACUCCUAAAAAUAGAGUAAAUCACGAUUGAAUCGAUUUUUCACAUAGUCAAACGUUCAUUAAUUUAUAUCUAAUACAAGCAGUUAUUUCAUCUCUCCUAACAGAAAUCAUUCAUUUUCCGGUGAACAGGGAAAACCUUAUAACCUUGUCCCCAACUGUACAGCGACAGACAUCCCAUCAGAACGCCUUGUGACAUCGCAUCAGAACAGUAUCGGUUUGCAUAUAGAGGCUUCAUAAUGAAUCACUCGAUGGACUAUGUGCAGGAUUGUUUCCUGGUGUUCGACAAAGUGGGAGACAGUAGAAUAGACAAGAGACAGGUGGGGGACUUGGUGCGGGCACUGGGUCUUAACCCGACCAACAAGGACAUCGACCGGGUGACGAGGAGUGCGGCCGCAGAACGAAUGACAUUUGAUGAGUUUGUACCAGUCUAUCAGUCUCUAGAAAAGGCGGAGGGCGAGAGGGAGUUCGAUGUGGCCUCCUUCUACGAGGGUUUCAAAGUGUUCGACACAGACAACAAAGGCAGUCUCAAAGAGGCCGAGCUUAAGGACAUCCUCACUCGACUGGGGGAGAGACUGAGUGAGGGGGAGGCACAGGCGAUUCUGUCUGCUGUAGUUGACUCAGACGGACGGGUGGCUGUGGACAAACUGGUCAAAUAUGUCACCAACACCAACUAGAAUAAUCUGCACAUCAUGUCCGCUUAGAAAAUGUCUGCCUCGCUUUACUCAUGCCAACUCUAAUUGCCAUGGUAGUCCGCCUAGUCUGUAUGCCAAAGCCACUCAAUGCUGACAAAACGCUUACCUUGAAAAAGUCAAAGCCUUGAUGGCGCUUUUACCGCUUCCCUCCACCAGCGUCAAAAUUUAUUUUCCAAGGGGAUGUUUGAAGACUAAAUGUGUUUGAAAAUUUCACAACCAGAGUUUAGUGCGGUAAAAAUUGAGGGUGGAUUGGUUGGUAAAAGAGCCAACUUGAUUAUUUCGUUUGAAAAGUUGAUGAUCCAACUAUGCUAAAUGUGAUUAUGGUAUUGAUACAAGUUCUC